UCCGCCAUAGCGGUGUGUACUUUAUUAUCCGAGUGUUUGUAGCAAAACGUCUGACGCGACGCCUUACCGACGCUCGGCGUCAUUUUCUAUUAAUGCGCUAACGGGAUCAACAUAAAGAAAAAUAAAAAAUGGAAAAUAGAUCAGCGGCUACACUGCGGUCUCGACGAGUUUGCCGAUUCUGCUUGUGCGAGAAUGAGCCAUUGCACUUCAUCUAUGAGAGAGAUCCAUCCAGGCCCUUUCAGGUCCCGCUAUCACUGCAAAUAAUGUCUUGUGUCUCUAUUGAGGUAUAUGCAGCUGAUGGAAUGCCUCAAAUGAUUUGCAAAAUGUGCCGUUGGAAUUUAGACCGUUCAUACAAAUUCAAACUCCAAUGCAAAAAAGCUGACGAUGCAUUGCGAGCAUACCCAGCAACAGGAGUGUUGCCUCGUCCCUUCCCGCCAAUAACCAACGACUCGAUGGACAGCGCUGGUAACAAGCGCUCAGCCGACCAGCGAACCCAAUCCGAACAAUCACUGAAGAAGCCGCGAGUAGAUAACGGGGAUCGCGAACGCAGAGAACGCGAACGUCAAGAAUCAGUCAAGUCAGAUCGCGAGGAGAUGUACAAAGAGGAGCAUCGUGACAGCGAAGCUGACGAGGAGAGCAUGGAUGACAAGUCUGGUAAAUUGGAACCUGGUGAAAUUCGCGUUCACGCAUGCGAUCAGUGUGACCGAACAUUCCCACUACGUCAAUCUUUGGUGCUUCACAUCCAACGCGCUCAUCGUGACCGCACUCACAAGUGCACAGAGUGCGACCGCAUGUUCUUCUCCAAGUACGAUUUGCAAAAGCACAUGAGCACUCACGCUGAGGAGAAGCCGUACUCCUGCACAAUUUGCCAGAAAACUUUCACGCGUGCGAAUCUUUUAGCCCGCCAUGAGAAGAUUCAUCACGAGGACAUGCGUCACAGCUGUCAACACUGCGACCGCGAGUUUUUCUCCCGCGAAGAUCUUGAGAAGCACGAGGACACUUCACAUAAAUCUAUAAAACCUUUCUCAUGCAACAUCUGCAGCAAACGCUUCACUUACAAGCAGAGUCUUGAGCGCCAUGAGAUGCAGCACUCAGAAGACAAGAGUUUCACUUGCGAGUACUGCAAAGAAGCAUUCAGGACCAGCACUAAACUGGCACGUCAUUUACAAACUCAUGCUGGACAUCGUCCGUAUUUAUGUAAGUUGUGUCCUCGCGACUUCUUGCUCUCCCAUCACCUGUCUCGUCACAUGCGCACCCACUCCGUGGAGAAGCGGCACAUCUGCGAGGAGUGUGGCAAGGCAUUCAAACGCAAAGAGAGUCUUGAAGUCCACCAGCUCACUCACAGCAAACGCACUGGUUUAGGGUUGACUUGUGACGUCUGUCAAGAGACUUGUCGCAACCGCGCAGACUACGUGACUCACAUCAAGCAGCACAUUGAGGCGGGAGAAAAAAUGGGACCAGAUGGUCUCUCACCGGAGAUUAAAGAGAAAAUGGAGACCGAGUCUGAAGAGGAAGAUGAAGAAGAACAAUUCUCAGACGGUGACGACGAUUAUGAGCCACCGGCUUCCCUGCUUAAGAAAUAUCCAAAGUCUAUUUCCAAACAGUCUGAGGAAAGCGAGGAAGAACCUGAGCAGCGCGUCGUCAAGGAAGAGCCCAAGGAGCAGGUGGUCUUUGUCCGUGCUAAGGAUGGACAGAUUGUCAAAAAGACAAUAAAGACAAUGAUGCCGUCUCAGCGUAAAGAAACAGCUGAGACGAGAGUCGUGGCCAAGGCAAGUCCCAGCCAGUCCACCACCAAGGUCCAGCAUUCCAAGCAAUCUGAUGGGUCACCCAAGGGAGCUGGGGCUCGUGCCGAUGACACUGAAGCCGAGGUACAGAAGAUUGUUGCUUCAGUGUUCCAAGAACACAAAAUGUCAUUAAAACAACAAAACAUUCCACAGGAACCUCCAGCGAAGAGCCAGGUCACUCGCUCCCAGGUCAUCAAGGAGGAGAAAGUUGAAGGAGGCACUCCCAAAACUGUCCAGGUAACUAAGCGUAUUAUUGUACGUAAACCAGCAGCCAAUGAAACAACAACAACCACUACUACUACCACCACCACUACCCCAGCUGCUGCUCCAGCUAAAGAAGCAGCAGCGGACGCCAAGUCCACGACACCCGCUGUUAAAAGCACCAAGAGAGUUAUCGUACGCAAAAUAAUUCGUAAAGGUAAUACUGAACAUGUCGAGUGGAGAUAUCAGGACGGUACUGAAAUAGACGCUGCUGAUCUCGCGAAACUGACCACCGGUCAAAUUGUCAAGCGGGUCAUCAAGACAAUCAGUAAACCCAAGGUACCGCAAGCUGUCAAAGUGUCCACUGAACAACGCGCUGCUGCUACUACCGAGGCGCCUAAAUUUGAAUUGAAGACAUCGCAGUCUAGCACGACCGUUGCACCAGUGACUAUAACUCCGGUGGCUCCGGUUGUAGAUAAGAAUGAUAAGAUUUCAGAGAAAGUUGAGCAGCUAGAGAAAACUGUCGCUCAACAGCGUCUUCAGAUCGAGGAACUGCGUUUGAGAAAAGACACAUAUGAGCCGAUGGACGACAUGCUUCCAGAACGACAUGACUCUGAGGACGAACAAGAAUUGCCGUUGAAACGCGUGUUUGUUAAAACAAACCAGAGUAUUUAUGACGAGGAAAAAACUUACAGCGACUUGUUGGAUGAUAAGAGCGUGACGAUAAAGAAGAUAGAGAAGAAUAAAGAUAAAAUUGAGAAGAAAGUUCUCAUAAAAACUGAAGAACCUUCAGAAGUUGAGCAGAUGAGCAUUGAAAUCAACAGCAUGAUGGCUGAAGCCGAAGCCAAGAAAGCAGCAGCCGCCGCUGAAGAAGCUGUCGAGGCCGUCGAAGAAUUGGAGCCCGAGAAACCGGCUGAUGAACAAAUGGAAGUCGAGCAGUCAGAGGAACCCGAAAAGGAGGCAAUGGAGCUCAAUGAUUCCGCGGCCGAAAAAAAUGAUGUCUCCAAAGUCGAUGCUGAACAGGAGGAAGAAAAACAAACGGAUGAAGAAGCUGUAGUUGCAGCACUCGAGCAGCAAGACGAUCCAGAGUCAUCGGAUAUUUUUGACGCUCCUUCUUCGCCUCUGAGCCAGAAAACAAAUUCAAAUCUUGAUGAUUCGGUGGUUGCUCUGAGUCAGGCCAACGAUACCAUUAAUUUAAAUGACACUAAUGACAGUCAGGACAGCUUGGAAGACAAACUUUCACGAAUGGAUGGUUAGUUAUUUUUUAUUAUUUUAAUAUUGUAUGACAAUUUAAAAAGUAAUGUGGAAUAAUUAAUCAAUUAAUUAAUAAUAAUUUUAUUAUUGUUAUUAAUUCUUACAAUAAUUCAGGAUCUACCGGUUCAAUUUUAUUCUACUGAUAUAUUAAAUAUAUAUAAAUAUAUAUAAAUUAAAGAUAUUAAGUAACGAAUAAAGCAUUUUUUUUUGAAAAAAUAUAGAUGUUAAUCCAUAAAAAUAAUCUUCCCUCAAAUUUCAAAUUUUAUUUUCAUAUUUCUAUGGGAUUUUUAUUUUUUCUUAAAUGCUUAUGAUUAUUCGCGGAACUUUGAAUUUAUUUGAUGUUAAUUAAGACAAAUAAAUAAUUGGUAGUGCGUUGUGAUGAUGAGUGGAGAAAAAAAUUAAUUACUGCACGUACUAUGAUUACUUUGAAUUUAAAUGAACAUAUUUCUUUUUUUAACAAAUUAAAUUUUUAAAAAGUCAUAAAUAUAUUAUGAGUAAUAAGCAAAUGGGAGGAUAAUAAAUUGUAAAUAUAUCACAGAUUGUUCCUAGAGGCGGUAAAAAAAAUGGUGGAUAAAAAAUUGAUUUUAUGUAUAUAUAAAAAUCGAUGAUAAUUUUCUUGGAGAAUAGAGGCAAUGAAUUGUUUGAUCUUCAUGUAGAUCUUGAUUUGUUCAAGGAACAAUAUUGAUAUAAAAUUUGGUUAUAUAAUAAUAGUACAAGCAGUAAAGAUAAAGAAUAUAAAAUUAUAAUUAUAAUUAUAAAAUAAAAUUUUAAUUAUGUAAACCAGCAUUUGAGAUAAAAUAAUCA